CUGAACGCCAUCGCCGGCUCCUCCAACAUUGAACUCCAGCGCCGACUACUGGAACAGUUGACCGCCAAAGUGGACGAACAGAAGCGACAGCUGGAGGUGCAGAAGGCCGAGGCGGAGGCCCAGUCAUCGAGCGCCGGCACCUCCGGGUCGUCCUCAUCCGGGCUACUCAUACCGGGACUGGACGGACAGUUCGCCUCAUCGCUCAAAGACAUCACAAUUCCCGACAAUCUUCCGGACAUUCUGUCGACCGUUAAGCACAAGACGUUAGAGAUUGAGAGACAACAGGAGAGGCUUCGGGCGGUCGCCGCCUCCGGAUUCAAGUUCGACGACCCGAUCGUCAAGAACUUCGGCUCCAAAGCCGGUCUCAAAGACUCUAUGGACGACUCGUCGGAAGCCAUGGAUUUGGACGAAGACGUGUCCCAAAUGAAGACGACUAUCCUCGAAGUGAACACACCGUUGAGUGGCAGCGGCGGGUCGGGCACUAGCAGUGGUAGUAAUAGCAACAGCGGUGAUACCGGUGCCGCCGCCGCGGCUACAGCUGUUGGCCCUAAACCACCGGCAAUUGACCCGCGAUUGCGGUCCAAAAAGCAAACACCACUGCCGUCGAUAGCACAGGAAACGGGAUCUGAUAGUCACGUGGCGGCCAUGACUUCCGCGGAACUCAUGGAGAAAGCGAGGGAACAAAUGGCAGCACUCGCGCAGAUGGAGGGCCGGGAGGGCACGCCUAACGAUACCACCGGCGCCGCAAACGCCAGUAAUUCUAGUAAUAAUAGAAAUAAUUCACAAAAAAUCAAAAUCGAGUGGAAAAAGAAGAAGUGAAACGAUGGCUGAAUCGGACGACUAUUUUAUAAGAAAUUACUAACUUUUGUGCGAAAAGUUUUUAAUGAUUAUUAUUUUCGUUGAAUUUUUGUUUUGAGUUUUUUUGAACCAAUUUUUAGAAAUUUUUUGUUUGUUUUUGCGAUUAAUUAACGAUUAAUUGAUUGGUUUUGUUGUUUGUAAAACACACGCGAAUUAGUUAUGAGACAAACCGUACAUAUAAUAC